CAUUACAUUUAUUACGUAUGAAAAUACCUACUUUAUCUUUCAACUGAUUACUUUAAAAACUUAGUUAUUUCAGAUUUUUUGUCAUUUUAUUCAGGAAGUUUUUGGAACAAUAUCUGCUAAAAUGAAAUAUUUAUUACCUUUAUUGUUUGGUUUGGCUUUAAUUUCAUCUGUUUAUAAUGAGAUAGGAGGAGUAUCAUCAUUUAAAUGUAGGCAAUGUGAAUGGUGUCCCGAAUACGAAGACGAACAUUACCUGUCAUCAUACAUGUACAUGUAUGUUUCCUGUGAAGGCUCGUGUGUUAAAUCUAUUAAAGAUAACAAAAUUACAAAAGGUUGUUCAAAUAUCAGUCUGAUAUCAAAAUGUGAACGACAAGGCGAUCUUACAGUGUGUGCGUGCGAUUCAGACAAAUGUAACAGAUCUUCUGAAACACGGAUGACUUUAUAUGGGCUGUUUACAUCUUGUAUUAUAUUUCUACUUGUAGCAGUUAUAAACUGAUCCGAGCAUUAUGGGUUACAUGACCUUUUGGUUCAAUUUAUACCAGACUUGAAGUCGAUUUAUUCUAAUUGCCAGAUGAACGUGUUUUUUUGUUUUUUUUUCGCAUUUUCUUUCUUUAAUUAUUUGUUCUGUACAAAAUGUUUAGAGCUUUGUUACAAAGCACUUAGGGUCAAAUACACUUUGAGGUCCGAUUUCAAAGUAAUGUACGUACUUUGUAGUCCUGUCCGGUCAAACACGCACUUUGGGGACACAUUCUGACCCCAAACAGCUUUACACAAAUACAUAUUUAGUUUUAAAAUCAGUCAAACUACAAACAUUUUGGGACAACAAAAUUAGUCAAUAAAAGUGAAUGAUCAUUGAUAAGAAGAUCUUAAAGCCAUAUAUUGGAGCACUUACCAAUUCCUUUACGUUGCAAUUAAUUGCCACUAUAGGUAACGAACUAGUACACGCUAAAGAGCUACAUUUGUUGUUGGUGGGGGAAGCACAAUCGGUUUGCAUAUCCUUUCUUUUUUUUCGAAUACGUACCGUGUUUGACAUUCGGUAUCCAUAGCUCGAUACUCGAGAUGCAUUGUCCAACAUUCGAAAUGAAUAUCGUGAUAUUUUUUAUUUUUAUAAAUUCGAUGUGCAAAAAAUGGACAGUUUGAUUGAGCUUGUUCAUGGACGGUAUUUGAAAGUGAAAGUUACCGUCCACGCCCCCUAGCAACGGUUUAAUCGACAUUCGGAAUGCAAAGAUUGACAAUCGGUUUGCCGUGCAGUUCGACAUUCGGUAUCCAUAGUUCAAUUUAUUCAUAAAUAUAAUAUUUCCGCUAUAUCAGAAUUUAAAGGCGACUAAGUAACAUUAAUUUAUUGCAUUUUUAUCACCUUAGAUAUUUCAAAGUUGCAGUAUAAAAAAUAAGUUGGAACUCAGUAUUAAAGCAGAAUUAGUUGACCCCUUCAGAACUUUGGAACCUAUGUGUGUUAAUGUGUGUUAAUGUGUGUUAAUAUGUAGCAUAUUAACGCACUUUGUAAUUCAUUUCACGAUUUUGACCCAAGGUUCGUUUGACCCUAAAAGUGCGGCGUAACAAACAUACACUGUGGAAGUUUAUAUUUCGCUGUAUAUAUAACAAACAAAUAAAGCUGCUAUAUUGCUUA